CCGUGUUUCCCCAUCCCUUCCCGUCAUGGCGGUGGACGUGGCCAGCAAGCCGACCCUGGCGAGUUACAACAUCCGUCCCGAUGCCUUCGAUCCGAAGCGGCCGGGACCUCCGAAUGCGCUGCAAACGGCGCGGGAUCGCGAUGAGGCGAUGCUCGCGGUGGUGGACCGACAUUCCGAAGUGGCCGACGGCAAGAUCCGCACCCGGGACUUCAAGGGCGCCAUCACCCUCCUGAAGCGCACACAGAACUUGGUGGCUCAUCAUCAAUCUCCGGAGCCCGGUGGGAAAGCUCUGGUGGUGCGGCUCGCCUCGGCCUGUCUGCAGCUUCAGCUUUGUGUGGCCCUGUCGUGCAUUGGACGCCACGCGCCGGCGCUGUCAGAGGCCACUCGUGCUAAGGAGGAGUUAGAUGACAUUUGGUCGUUAUUGACCGGAGCUGCUAUGGACAUGGCCAUGGCUGAAGCAGGAGGUGAUUCCAACAAACCGCAUCCAGUGCUGCGGUCGCACAUUUGCCAUCCCCCACACUGGCUGGAACGGGCCGUGUGUUGCGCCAUCCAGUCGCGCCUGUGUAUGGCCCUGGAAAUGGAAUAUCUCCUCAGCUCUGAUGAGAUGCAAAGUCAGCGCUCCACUGUGCUGCCGCCCAUUCCGGCGAUGGAACCGAUGUCAUCGAUGGAACCGAUAUCGGCAGAAGCGCACGAUCCGCACGACGCCGGGGAAGUAGGUGAUUCUUUGGAUCCAGGGCUCUUGGAGUUGGAGAAUGAGAGCCUGGACGAGGAAGCAGGUCUCAACGUGGGAUUGCCGUUGCCGCCGUUGUCGGAAAUGCAACAGAUGUGGCAACUCUACGGGGAGGCCAUAGAGUUGGCCUCGCAACUGCUCCCGGCGAAGCAUGCUUUGACCGUCGAUGCGCAGAAGGCCGCGGCCAGCGCCCUGGACCGCUGGUCACCGGCGUCACCGGGCACCACGGAGGCCACGGCCACGGUGGCCACAACAGCCACGGCCACAGUGGCGUCGCGGGAGGAGCCUUCGGUGCCCGUCUCGUCCACGUCCACGCCAGCCAAGCGGAAAGGGUCGCUGCCAUCCCAAGAGGUUCCGAAAGCCAAGGACUCGCCGAAGUUGCCGGAGCUGGCACCACAGGAGGCGCAGGAUGACGAAUUUCUGUCGCGGUUGCCAUCCAUGUUGCUGUCCAAAAAUCGGAAGCUCCUCUUCAAUCGUAGCACCACUAUGCCGAGCCUAGGGCUGUCCAGCCGCGAGAAUGUCAUUUCAGCGGACGAGAAGAGCAAAACGCGUCGCAACACCGAUUCCAAUAGUCACGGUGACUGGGUGAAACGUGCCCCUCCCGGUGACGUCUUCUACCGAUCGUUGCCUUGGAGCUUUGGUUUGCCGGGCAAAUCCCCCAAGAACCGGCGAAAGAAGAAGAAGGCAGAUGCCAUGGCGACCCAAGCACACGAUGGUCCCAUCGACCCCUUCAAAGAUUGGGCCAAAGAGUUCAUGCACUUGGAGAACAUGACGCUCUUCCAGCGCAAGCUGAGGACCUUGGACGGCAUCAGCAGCCUUCAUACGGACAUGAAAAUCGAGACCAAGCGCUUUAGGCAGUUUAUGCAAGAUUUGGAACUCUAUGGUGGUGAGGAGCAGGAGCGCUUGGGAAACAAUCGGAUCCUCUACACCGAAGCUGGAAUGAAGGCCCUGCGGAUGGGGCAGCAGCGCAACGAGCAGCUGCGAAAACAGGCCUGGCAGACCUCACCCUAUGGGCAGAAGUUCAUUGAGAGGGAGAAACAGCUCUUUGGAUACUACGGUUUAGGCAAGCAGUACGAGAAAGGUAUCGAUGUGAAAUGUUUGCGGAAGCUGAUGGAAGAGUCCUUCAACCGCACGCCUGGUGAACGGAUGAGGAAAACGAAUGAGGAAGAGCAGAAGAAGAAGCAGGAACUGGAGGAGGCCGAACAGCAAAAGAGAGAGCUGGCCAAGAUCGGCUUCCGCAGGCAGAAAACCUUAGCGCGGGGGAAGACCAUGGCCAAGGUGUCCAGCUGACUGUAGCUCGUAACGGUGACGCCGGCUGCGCCAAGAGAAGUUCAGACGGAAGUUUUUGGAGUUUGG